UUCCGACAAUGAAGGUUUACAAUAGCAUGACAUCGUCAAGUACGCUUCACCCUAGCCUGAAACCCACUUCGUUAACGGUAACUGACUGCUGGUGGACAAAAAUGGUCAUCCUAUAUGUCAGGUUUUCACGGAGAGCACUGUGAUUGUUCACUACGCUUUCUCCUGAGCCUGCUUGUGUGCUACUUCAGCAUGCCCAGUUGGACUGCAAGCAAAUGCAACUGAUCACACAUGCCUUUCUCGCUUGCAAUUUAUGCUAGUCCCUGGUUACCAUCAUUACUCCGGUUCCUAAUGUUGGUCGGAAGUCAGGUCGUCAGGCUGCAAGGCACUUUUUCGUACACCCUGGCUGGCUUGUUUCGGCCCACGGCUGGCGAACGUUUAUGCUGGCAGUUACAUUGCAUACUGUCAGAGACAUUGCUUAGGCUUAGCGAGGACCUGUUUGGUCGCGCGCGUGGUCAUUCCAUUCGACAUACAAAGAACGCAGGCGCUUGCACAACGUAACCCAACAUGUCGCCAGGUGCCACAAUGCUAAGUAGAAGCAAUAAUCUAAUGAAACCGCAUAUAUGUACGCUUAGCGCGCCCUUGUGUCAACCGCGUCCGUUCCUGACCAGCCAAACGAGAGGCCGGCAUGUCUGUCUGGCACGUGGUGACAGCGGCGCUACGAAGGCGCCUUCCCGCGCAAGGGGCCCCAAGGAAGAUGCCGUACAAAUGCGCGCUGAAGCGGAGGCACCCUUCAGAUCCCUUCGCCUAGUGCUCUGCGGAUUCUUCGCGGCAUCUGCGGGCAUGGGCUUCCUGAUCAGCAUUCCUCAGCUGCUGGGGGCGCUGGGGGGCGCACCUCGGGCCCUGCCCCUGGAGCAAGUUGGAGAGAACCUGGCUAUAGACGCGGCGGCAGUGGCGCUGUUCGCCUUCCUGUUCCGGCAGGACUGGAUGGUGGGUGGGGGGUCGGUGGGUCGGUGGCCUGUCUCACUCAGUCUGGUAGUGCACUAAUGGAAGGCCCCGAGGCAGCAUGUUACUGGCUUGGUAUCGGAGCUAGCGAGGAUAUGCCACAUGACGCUUGGAGCAUACAUCCUUGCCUCGAGGUUUCAAUGUGCCAAGGCAAUACACGCACAACAGCGGCAGCAGCAGCGGCGGCGGCAGCAGCAAUCGGUAGCCUCUUCACCACGUGCCCGCUCCUAACCUCUCCCAACUGCCAGUCCUUCUCCCACCAUGCAACCCACCUUACACCCUCUGACCCCCGCCCCUGCACCCUUCCCUAACCUCCCACGCUGCCCGCACCCCACAUCCCUGCUCCACUCGCCCACCAGGCUCGCGAGCGGCAGCUGGCGCGGCUCCAGCGCGAGGAGACGCUGGGGGCGCUUUCAGUGCGACUGGCCAGCGGUCGGGUGCUGCCGCUGUCCGAGCUGCGGGGCAGUGCGCGGGUGGUGGUG